UUUAAUAUUUUUCGCUUUUCAUUGCACCAUUGAAAUACUAACUAUAAACACUGUUUUGGAUAUAUUUCAGACUGAUUUCAAAAUAAACACACCAGGCUAAUCUUGGUUAAUAAUUGUAUACUUUGUAUUGUUUUGGAACAAAACUUUUGGAUUGCACGAUGUCAAUAUCUUACAGAUGUCUAUUUAUACAGAGUUUGAUUUUGUGUUUUUCAAUCGUACAAGUGUAUUCAAGCUGUAAACAAAGAUGUAAACUGGGAUUAGAAAGAAUCGGAUAUCAAACAUGUCCAUUUGGAACUGGCUGUAAAGAAAGUAAAAGCGGUGUUGACCGGUGUUACGAGACUUUACCAGCAACCAAAGUGCCAUAUUCUGUACUUAAAGAGUCCACAAUCACAGUUUCUUCAACGUUAACUUAUGGGGGUGUAACUAAUGUAAAGGAGAAUAUAUUCAGUGCUGACAUAUCUGAAAUAAGAUAUCCAUGUUUUCAUUCCCUAUCGGAAGAGUUUCCAUUUGUGGAGGUUCAAUUAACAAAACCAAUCGUCGUUGACAGUAUGUACCUACGAGGAAGAUUUGAUGGUCAGAUGUUUCAAGUUCCAAAAAACCUGAAGAAUCUUGAAAUUGCAUUUAACGGUAUAAAGCUACCACAAAGCGCAUAUUCGUUCGACGCUAGUAAAAAUAUUGUGGCUGUAAAAGGUAGCCAACUGGAGGUGAAAAAUGUUAAAAUCACUCGUCCAAAACCACCAAAUGUACCUGAAUGGUUUAUCACGAUAUGUGACAUGGAAAUUUAUGCUUCAGGUGGUUUUACAUAGAAAGGAGGGUACACGAAUAUAAACAAUUGGAAACGCAAUCUUCUACAGUAUUUCUUUCGUCACUUUCGAUAAAUAGAUAAUACUAAUAUACACUUAAAAUAAAUUAGGACAAACAAAUACAAUGUUGUCGAAAACAUUUAAUAUGGAUGUAUUCAAUGUCCUUUUUCCUUUUUUGUAAAGUUUUUUUAUUGCUAUAUAUUGCAUAAUAUCUUAUAUUGUAAGCCAAAUGUUAAUUCUGUAAACACACUUCGAAUGACAAUGUUUGCUACAUUUUCUAAACGAACAUUCCAUUUGUAUACCACCAUCGAGAUCACCAUACAAAAG